AUGCCGAGCGCGGUCUCGCGCGCGCGCGGAUGGCUCCUAUCGCUCGCGGCGAUCGUCCUCCUCACCGCGCACGACCGUUCCUGGACCUGGCGCGGGUACGUCGCCUCCUCGUUCGCGUCGUCCGAGCAUCUCUUGUAUCACGCGAUCGGUCACGCCCCGUGCGUCAUGCUCCUGAACCGCACCGGCGCGGCGGGGUGCAGCACCCCUGCUGGGCGCUCGCGCGUCGUCGCGACGCUGCAGCGCGCGACGUCGAUGCGCGACGUCGCGGAGUUGAAGGAGGCGCGGAUGCUGCUGACGCCGCCGUCGGUGUUCUCGGACGUGGUGCGCGCGCGAGCCGCGGGGACGCUGAGCGCGCGCGUGAAGGGCGUCCUCGUGGAGCGCGCCGACGACGCGCUGAACGCCACCGCGGACGGCGUGGCCGCGUUCUCGAACGCGGAGCGGUACCCGCAGAGCGCGCUCGCGCUCGGCGGCGACGCGGCAAUCGCGAUCGACUGGAACCCCGUCGGCGACGGCGCGGCGACCGCGCGCUUCGACAGAUUCCCGAUCGCGUUUCUCGACGCGGACGCGACGACGCGCGCGUUGGAGUUCGCGACGGAGAACGCCGCGGCGGCGUACUCGCGCCCGAGCGUCGUCGCGAGCGCGAACUUCGCGAUGGCCGCGGACGGGUGGCGGAGCCGCGCGAAGCGGUCGGACGCGUCGCGGGACUCGAUCGAGUGCGUGCGCGACGGGCGGUGCCUCCCCGUGGGCGCGCACAGCGUCGUCGCGUCCGCGCCGCCCGUCGGCGGCGGCGGUUCGUAUUCCGGGCUCGGCGACGGUUCGUCUUCCUCAAGCGGGUUCGUCCUCGUCGCGUGCAAGCUCGACGGCGGGAGCGGAGGGAUGUUUCAGGAGAUGUCACGAGACGCGAACGGCGCGCGGUCGGGGUUGAUCGCGACGCUGGCGGCGGCGAAGGCGUACUCGGCCGCGCUCGCCGCCGCCGCCGGGUCGAUCGGCGCCGGGGUCGCGCCGAAGCCCGUGGUGUUCGCCGCGUUCGGCGGCGAGUCGUUCGGGUACUCGGGGUCGAGGCGGUUCGCGCGGGAGCUGCACCGCGCGCGCGCGUCGUCGUCGUCGUCGUCGUCGUCGUCGUCGGACGGAGCGGCGAGCGUCUUGGGGGGACUGGCGGGGAUGUCCGCGGACGCCGUCGUGGAAAUGGGCGCGGUGGGCCUCGCGUCGCGGCGCGUGCCCGCGUCCACGACGACGCCGACGGUGUACGCGCACGCGAACGUCGACGGCGGCGACGCGACGGACGCGAUCGUCGACGCGCUGAUCGCGGGCGCGGCGGCGGCGCCGAGCGGCGAAGGGAGGGUGGAGGUGAAACGCGCGAGCGGCGGAAGCGACGCCUCCUCCGCGGGGUCUCUUCCGCCGUCGUCGGCGUUUUCGUUUAUUCGACGCGACGCGUCGACGCCGGUCGUCGUCCUCGCCGAGCACGACGGCGCGCCGUACUCGGACCCGUUCUACGGCGGCGUCUACGACGCGGGCGUGGACGCGGUCGACGCGGCGCGGAUGGCGCGCGUGGCCGCGGCGGUCGCGAGGGCGGUCGCGCGCCUCGCGUUCGCCGACGCCGCGUCCGGAGCCGCCGUCUCCGCCGCGGUGUCGGACGCGGCGACCGCGUCCACGACUUCGAACCUCACCGCGUGCCUCGUCGACGAGCGCGUCGGGCUCGCGGCGUGCGACGCCGCGCGCGCGCUGUUCACGCCGAACGAUCCGGGGCCGGGCGACGCGGGCGGGCAGCGCGCGCCGGGGAGUUAUCCCGGCGUCGCCGUCGCGGAGGCGGGGCGGGAAUUGGAUCAGGACCCGCGACGCGGGAAGGGCGACGUCGCGCAGUUCGCGUGGCACUUCUUAGGCGAGGUCACCGCGGUGGCGGCCCCGAGCGGUGUUUCGAGUUCUAAACGCGCGUGCGGUGGGAACGGCGACUGCGACGCGGCGAGCGGCGAGACGUGCGUCGGCGCCGUCGCCCCGGCGGCGACGCGGCGGCGCCGGCGGCGGCUCCUCGGAAAUUUCGUCGGCGGUGACGGCGACGACGACGCCGACGCCGACGCGCGCGUCGGGGCGUGCCUCGCGUCGUCCCCGCGGUUCAUCCCGGCGACGUCGCACCGGUUCGUCUUCGACGCGGACGCGGGAAGAUGGAACGUCGCGGACCCGGACGAGGACGAGGAGGAUCUCCCCGGCGGCGCGGACGCGCUCUGGGCCGAGAGUGAUUGGCCCUCGUCGAUCGGGAUCGAGAUGUACCGAAGCGAGGGCGUCGUUCGCGAGACGAUGUUCUUCGCGCUCGGCGUCGCGGUCGUCGCGGGUGCGCUGGCGUGCGCGAAGUGCCGCGAGGAGCGCGAGGAGAAGUCCGAGCGGUACCGCGAGUAG